GCCAUUGGCUCCCUUUUCGUCUCACUUAACAAAACGCGCUCCGGAUAAGAUCAUCACGAUAGCUAUCGCACCCUGUGCCGAACAUACACACAGAGAGAGAGAGAGAGAGAGUGGGAGGGAACAAGGCCAGUGAGUUUCGGCAAUGGCAUCGACAUCGGCAACUCUAUCAUGGGCUUCCACCUCAUGGCUUAACUCCCACAACCCGACCAAAUCCACUAACCAAACCACCUCAGCCUUCGUGGUGGUGGCCCAGAAGAAGGCCAGGAAAAUCCGGAAGAUAAUACUGAAGGAGGACGUGGCCGACUUGGGAACGAAAGGGGACCUUCUCGAGGUCAAACCCGGCUAUUUCAGGAACUACCUGCUGCCCAUGGGCAUGGCCCAGAUUGUCACUCCUCGCUUGAUCAAGGAAAUGCGGAUGGAAGUGGAGAGAAUUGAAGCUGAGAAAAGACGGGUAAAAGAAGAGGCUGAACAGCUUGCUUUAAUGUUUCAAACUGUUGGCGCAUUCAAGGUGAAGCGCAAGACUGCGAAAGGAAAGCAAAUCUUUGGCAGUGUUACUUCUCAAGAUCUUGUUGACAUAAUCAAGGUACAGCUUCAAAGGGAUGUGGACAAAAAAAUUAUCACUCUACCAGAGAUCCGGGAAACAGGGGAAUAUUUGGCGGAGCUGAAGCUUCACCCAGAAGUCACAGCGCAAAUAAGAUUGAAUGUUUAUGGCAAUUGAGGAUAGACAUCUCUGAAGCCCGCAGAGCUGAAAUUUGGGUUUGCGUCAAGAUCUAUUACCAUUUGUUGGUGCAGGAGGAGAGGUUGCCAAGGCAUUUACCGGAAUCAAAGAAAAGUCUGAUGCAGGACACCAAAUGUGUUGGUGCUUCUUUUGAGAUACAAGGGACUAGAUCCCUGCUUUGUAAUCAUCGACCCGAAUUCAAGAAUGAAAUGAAAACUCGUUUCUCCC